UUCCCAGCUUCAGCUAAUGGUAAUAUUGAUAAAGUUUCCAUCUUAGAAAAAGAAACAGACUUGGCAGAUGAUACUAUAUUAAUGAUUGGAAAAAUAUUGAUUGGCCUCAGAAGUGUAUUCCAACCCCACAUAGUUUUUAUCCUUCUGUCUAUUGUUUUUUUGCUGGUCCCAACUCCUUUGGAUCUUCUCAAAAGUAUUCAACCAGACAAAGCUAAAGUCGACAAUGCCUACAUUGUCGAGGAUACUCCCUUUGUGGUUAUUCCUGAACCAGUAAAACCAUUGGACUCUGAAGUGUCCAGGCUUUUAGAAGCAGCCAAACGCAUGAAAGAAAAUAAAAAGAUUGAAAGAGCUGAUAAGUUAUACAGUCAAGCUCUACGAUUUGCUCCCAACCACCCUGAAAUCCUGAUGCAAUAUGCUGAGUUCUUAGAGAAAGAAAAGAAAGAUGUUGUAACUGCAGAUAGUUUAUAUUCAAAAGUUCUAAAGAGAGAUCCUACUAAUGAAGCAGCUCUUUUGAGGCAUCAAAUUAAUCUCCCCCAAGUAAAAGCUAUAGACAUGCAACACUACAAAGCUAUUGAAGCAAAGAAACAUGCCCUUUCUAUGAUAGCCCCUAGUAAUCUUGCAUUCAGACGAGCUAAGAGAGAGUUCUACUUCCAACUCAUUUACCACAAUAAUGCUAUUGAAGGCAAUACCAUGACACUGUCGAUGACCCGAAGUGUGUUAGAAACUGGUCGUGCUAUUGGUGGACAGAGUAUAAGAGAACACAAUGAGAUUAUUGGUAUGGACGCUGCACUUCACUUUUUAAACGGAACUAUGCUUGCACCAGAUAAUCCUCUUGAGAUUCAGACAAUCCUAGCUAUACACAGAAAACUUCUUGGAAAUGUGGAACCAGAAUAUGCUGGUCGUUACAGAACACAUCAAGUUUAUGUUGGUGACUUUGUUCCUCCAAAACCUGAGGAUGUUCCAGCUCUUAUGGAGGAUCUGGUGAGAUGGUUAAACAGUGAUGAGGCCUGGUCACUGCAUCCUGUUGAAUAUGCAGCCAUCGCACAUUACAGACUUGUAUACAUUCACCCUUUUGUUGAUGGCAAUGGGAGGACUUCACGGUUGUUGAUGAAUCUGAGGUUAAUUCAAGCUGGGUAUCCUCCAGUUAUCAUCAAGGUUCAAGAUAGAUACAAAUAUUAUGAAGCUUUAGGUAUAGCUAACAGUGGAGACAUUAGGCCCUUCAUUCGAUUUAUAGCUCAGUGUACGGAAACUAGUUUAGAUGGGUAUCUGGAUAGUUUAGGGAUAGAAAAAGAUAAUUAUAAUGCUGAGUAUGAGGAAUAUCUAAUAAAGAACAAUGGAGGUGCUGAGAUUUUGGAGAAUGAUGAUGUCAUAUCUCUUCCUUAACAAUUUAAUGCUAGUCUAUGGGAUCAGCUUUUACAUUCAGUUUGUUUUUUCAAUUCACAGAUAGGGCAAUAUAUUAUGCUUAGUUCUCUAGGGUUUCAUUUAUCUAUCGGUAAAUUCAAUAUUUAUCCCUAUGUAUAGUAGUGCAUACUCAUACUAUGGAAUUUCACAAGUAUUUCUUGAUAACGUACUUGCUCUGUUGGACCAAGAUAAGAGAUUUAAUCUGACACAUCAUUUACUUGAAUUAUAGAUUCUGUUAUCUGUAUUGUACAUUUAACUUGAUAUCAAUAAUCAAUUUCCAUGCCACAGAUUUUAAUUUCUUUCAGUUUUGAAUUUAAGUUGUUGAUGCUGAAUUUGUAUAUAUUUAUUGAGUUUCUA